AUGCGUUUAGAUUGUUUGAAACCAGAUCAGAAAGAAUUAGUAAAAGCUCGGCAGAAGCGAGCAGAAACAUCAGCUGAGGGAGCGAUUAGACAAUUUGCGGCAGGUAAUAAUUCGGAAGAAAAUAAAUUGAUUUUGCGACAAAGAUCACCAUCCAUAUUAUCGUCCGUAUCGUCAUCAUCAUCUUCUAGCCCAUCUUCUUUGACUUCUAGCUCAUCUUCCUCGUCUUCUAGCUCAUCUUUAUCCAGCAAUAGGGAAACAGAAGAAUGUAAUAAAGAAUUCAAUAAAAUCAUAAAUUUAAAAGAAAAAGGACUUCAUGGCCAUAGCUUAGAAAAUAAAACCAAAGAAAAUAAGGUAAGUAUAGAGUCAGUAUAUGAUAAUAUGAAAGAUGAGACUGCAGUAGAAAGUAAUUCACAAAUAGAAAGUGAACCAAAAGCUAUUGAAUUGACCAAUAUGAAUGCUGAAAGUGAAGAAGGAAAGGAAGAAAGAGAUUUUACAUCGGAUGAUAGUAUCGUAAUUCCUAAUUAUCACAUUGAAGAUAAUGAUUUAUCGUCAGAUUCUGAUGAAACUGUAGAAGAGAAUGAAGAAGAAAAUAUUUCACGUGAAUCAAACCAAAAUAUUACACGUAAGAGGAAAAUGCAGCCAGAACUUUGGAAAUCGAAUGUAGCAAAACGUCUACGAAAUGCAGGGAAAGAAUAUGUAGGCAAAAAUAAUGAAGUUAUACGAGAGAGACGAUUAGGACCAGGAUGUAUAGAAAAAUGCAAGUUAAAGUGUAACACAAAGUUUGAUUAUGAGACUCGACGCCAUAUUUUUGACGCAUAUUAUGAAUUACCUGAUUUGCAAAGUAAAAGAACUUUUGUAGCAUUCAAUAUGUCCUCUAUUGUCCCGUCGUAUCAAUAUAAAAAAGAAACACGUCGAAAUAAUAACGCAUUUUAUUUUAAAGACAAAGAUGGCGUAAAAAUUCAAAUUUGUAAGAGUUUUUUUAUGUCUACGCUGGAUGUAUCUGAUAGGUUUAUUCGAACAGUUACCGAAAAAUCAAGAAGUGACGUUUCAGGCAUUAUAGUGGAGGAUCUUCGAGGGAAACAUGGCAAUCACAGUCGCGUAGAUGAUAAUAUUAAAGAUAGUUUGAGAAAUUUCAUUAAGGCGAUACCAAAAAUAGAAAGCCAUUACUGUCGAGCAUACGCAGAAAGAAUAUAUUGA